GAUCGUUGCUGCCUGUUAUUUGUGCAACAAGAUGGCGGUGGCUCCUGAGAACAGAGUGCUUUCCUACAGUGUUUUUAAAUGGAGCUCUUACUCCUCUACAUACUUGCCAGAAAACAUCUUGGUGGAUAAGCCCAGUGACCAGUCUUCACGAUGGUCCUCUGAAAGUAACUACCCUCCACAGUACCUGACACUGAAGUUGGAGCGGCCGGCCAUCGUGCAGAGCAUCACCUUUGGGAAGUACGAGAAGACCCACGUGUGCAACCUGAAGAAGUUCAAGGUGUUUGGGGGAAUGAGUGAGGAGAACAUGACCGAGCUUCUGUCCAGUGGUCUUAAGAAUGACUUCAACAAGGAGACCUUCACGCUCAAGCACAAGAUCGAGGAGCAGAUGUUUCCCUGCAGGUUCAUCAAGAUAGUGCCUCUUAUGUCAUGGGGACCAAGCUUCAACUUCAGCAUCUGGUACAUCGAGCUCCACGGCAUUGAGGAGCCAGACGUGGUCCAGCCCUGCUUGAACUGGUACAGCAAGUACAGGGAGCAGGAGGCCAUCCGGUUGUGUCUGAAACACUUUCGGCAGCACAACUACACGGAGGCGUUCGAAUCGUUGCAGAAGAAGACGCGCAUCGCUCUGGAACAUCCCAUGCUCACACAUCUGCACGCACGCCUAGUGCAGAGCGGCGACUUCGACGCCUGCGAGGAGCUCAUCGACAAGGCCGUCAGAGAUGGUUUGUUCAACCAGUACAUCAGUCAGCAGGAGUAUAAACCCCGCUGGAGUCAGAUCAUGCCCAAAUGCAACAAAGGGGAUGGAGAUGAUAGCCGGCCUGGCAUGAGAGGUGGCCAUCAGAUGGUUAUUGAUGUGCAGACAGAGACGGUGUAUUUGUUUGGUGGCUGGGAUGGCACGCAGGACCUAGCAGAUUUCUGGGCGUACAGCGUUCAGGACAACCAGUGGGCAUGUCUCUCCAGAGACACAGAGAAAGAGGGCGGUCCGAGUGCGCGCUCCUGCCAUAAGAUGUGCAUCGACUCGCAGCGGCGGCAGAUCUACACGCUCGGCCGCUACCUGGACUCAUCUGUGCGCAACAGCAAGUCCCUCAAGAGUGACUUCUACUGUUACGACAUCCACAAGCACACCUGGACACUCCUCAGCGAGGACACCGCGGCCGACGGAGGACCCAAACUGGUGUUCGACCACCAGAUGUGCAUGGACUCGGAGAAGCAUAUGAUCUACACGUUUGGCGGUCGCAUCUUGACGUGUAACGGGAGUGUGGACGAUGGCCGCUCGUCUGAGCCGCAGUUCAGUGGGCUCUUUGCGUACCACUGCGCCACGGCAACCUGGAGCCUCCUGCGUGAGGACUCCUGCAACGCCGGGCCCGAGGACGUCCAGUCACGCAUCGGACACUGCAUGCUCUUCCACACGAGGAAUCGUUGUCUGUACGUGUUCGGCGGCCAGCGCUCCAAGACGUAUCUCAACGACUUCUUCAGCUAUGACGUGGACGCUGACCACGUGGAGAUCAUCUCCGACGGCACCAAGAAGGACUCAGGCAUGGUUCCCAUGACUGGCUUCACCCAGCGCGCCACCAUCGACCCUGAGCUGAAUGAGAUCCACGUGCUCUCCGGCCUCAGCAAGGACAAGGACAAGCGCGAGGAGAACGUCCGCAACUCCUUCUGGAUCUACGACAUCGCCCGUAACAACUGGUCGUGUGUGUAUAAGAAUGACCAGGCGGUGAAGGACGCCCCCAGUAAGAGCCUCCAGGAGGAGGAGCCAUGCCCACGCUUUGCCCAUCAGCUGGUCUACGACGAGCUGCACAAGGUGCAUUACCUGUUUGGGGGUAACCCAGGGAAGUCGUGCUCCCCUAAGAUGCGCCUGGACGACUUCUGGUCGCUGAAGCUGUGUCGGCCCUCCAAGGAGUACCUGCUACGUCACUGCAGAUACCUCAUCAGGAAGUACAGGUCAGUCACGCCAGAUACCUCAUCAGGAAGUACAGGUCAGUCACACCAGAUACCUCAUCAGGAAGUACAGGUCAGUCACGCCGGAUACCUCAUCAGGAAGUACAGGUUUGAAGAGAAGGCACAGACUGAACCCUUGAGUGCUCUGAAGUACCUGCAGAAUGACCUCUCACUCACUGUUGACCAUUCAGACCCCGACGAGACUAAAGAGUUCCAGCUGCUUCCUUCAGCUCUCUUCAAGUCCAGCUCAGAUUUCAUUCCACUGGGUUUCUCUGGUGUUGACCAGACCUAUGCCCAGCGCACGCAGCUCUUCGACACGCUCGUCAACUUCUUCCCCGACAGCAUGGCCCCGCCCAAAGGCAACCUGGUCGACCUCAUAACACUCUAGCCACGCCCACUUGCGUGCUGACGGACAGCUGGUCCCCAUGUCACCCAGCGAGGCCAGCGAGAGUGGACGAUCCUCCCUGAGUGUGUGUGUGUGUGUAAAUCUGUUACUACAGUAUAUAACAUGUGUCUGUGAGUUGUGAGGGUCAAACCGUGUUUGAGUGUGUUUGAGUGUGUUUGAGUGUGUAUGAGCGUGUAUGAGCGUGUUUGAGCUGGUAUGCCCAUGAGAUCAUGAUCUGGAGAAAGUGUGUGUGUGUGUCUGUGUGUUCACACAAGCCUGUGACACGGCUUGAAUUUGAAAUGGGAACGAUGCAACACAUAUGGCGGUCAGUCACAAGCGGAAUUGUGUUGAUGCCGUCAUGGUCAGCUGGAGAGUUCACAUCCUCAACAGUCUGAAGAUUCCCCUUGUUGUGAGCUUCUGAUUCUUUAACUAUGAGCUGCACUGGAAGGACGGAGACUUCGAACUCUCCUUUGCUUUGUCCCUUUUUCCCACACUCAUCACACACAGACGUGUGUGUGUGCGCGCACACUCAUCACACACGUUGUUGUUGGAGAGUGUAGAUCAUGUUACUGUGUGUGUAUGACGCUACAUCUGAUGUUUUGUGUCAAGCUGAGGGCUGGCCUACAUUUCCCAGAAUUCUUUGCUAGAAUUAAGUGAUGAUGCUUCUAAUGUAUGAAUUGGUACUGAAUUUGGGAUUUUGAGGUUUUUUUUUGUCCCUUCUACCAUUGGUAGUUGGUAGUUGCACAUCCACACACAACCUGGGGCUGUCAUCUUUACCAAGAAGAACUGAUUUUCCAGGCAAUGUUCUUAUGUACAUUCUGUGUGUGUGUGUGUGUGUGUGUGUGUGUGUGUGUGUGUGUGUGUGUGUGUGUGUGUGUGUGUGAGAGAGAGAGAAUGGAGAGGGGUUGUGGGGGUUGUAACAGACACUAAACUUUGAGAGUUUUUUGAGUGUGCGAAUUCAUGGGUGCUAACUAGGCCAACUUGACCAUAUGCACUUUUUCACAAGCUUGACAGAACAAAAUAAUCUCAGUCUUCUAGCUAGCUAUCACUAGAGCACUGAUCUUUUGGAGAGGUGUGUGUGUUUUUUUUCAAGCAGGGUUUGGUGUGUAAAGAGUGGAGUACAAUUAACAGCUUUGAUUUGUAAGGGCUUUCUGUACAGAUCAUGAGCUGAAAGGUGUGUGUUGUGUGUGUGUGUGUGUGUGUGUGUGUGUGUGUGUGUGUGUGUGUGUGUGUUCUCAUCAAUGAGAUAAACAUGUUGUUCUGUUCCAGGUGUGUGUGGGGGGGGGUCCCAGAGUAUGAUUCAGCAUGCUUGCGCCACCUUUCUUCCUGGGGACUGUGUGUGUGUGUGUGAGAGAGAGGGAGAGAGAGAGAGAAAGUGAGAACAAGAGACAGAAGGAUGACCCCUAUAAAGGUCAACAUAUGGUCUCAAAAUAUUUCCCAGUUGCUUGUUUUUGUGAGAGAGGGCAAGAGUUAGUGAGUGUGUGUGUGUCAGAGAGGGCAAGAGUUAGUGAUUGUGUGUAUGUGUGUGAGAGAGGGCAAGAGUUAGUGAUUGUGUGUAUGUGUGUGAGAGAGGGCAAGAGUUAGUGAUUGUGUGUAUGUGUGUGAGAGAGGGCAAGAGUUAGUGAUUGUGUGUGUUGUCCAUUGUCCAAGUUGCCUCUGUUAAAAAGUGACCCUGAUAUAAGGUUGCUGGGGACUCCAGACCCUGAUGUUCCCGUAUGGUGUGGGCUUUUCUGUCCAGACUAGUUGUAGGGGUGUCUUAUCUGUGUGUGUGUGUGUGGGGGGGGGGGGGGGUAUCUGUUCUGGAACUUUGUUCAUUUAUUUAUUGUUUUACCCCCCUCUUCACUGUCGGCUUCCCAUUUGUAUGAGAGUUCUCACAGUGCAGAAGUCGGGAGGAAGUGUGUGUGUGUGUGUGUGUGUGUGUGUGUGUGUGUGUUCUGGUGAGCUGGCUCAUGUCCCCCAUGAUGCUGUUGUCGUGUGUGUGUGUGUCCGUUGUAGUAGCACUUCACGCUCAAGUCAGCCUCUCUGAGCUGUGAUUGGCUCAAUGGUGUCAUAAUGCUCUCAGUGUUAUCUCUUAACGUGUGUGUCCAGUGUUUGUCUGCGGCUGCAUACAAUGUGUGUGUGUGUGUGUGUGUGUGUGUGUGUGUGUGAGAGAGAGAGAGAGAGAGCAAUUGUGUGUGUUUGUGAUACUCCAUUAUCCCCCAGCUCUAAUUUAGUGAACGUGGUUCAUGGGUUAACUGACAUGUCAUUUUGGAAAUAAUGUUUUUGACUUUGACCGUAUUUAAAGAAAAUAAGAAGGAAGAUGAUGAUCGGAUUCAGGGCUUUUUCUGUGAUUGUUGCCAUAGUCACUAGAACUGGGUUUUAUUUUGUACCAUAAGAUUAAUCGAUAGGUAUUCAAAACCCAACUUAUAAUGUUAACGAUAAAAAAAAAAGAAAGCACCUUUUUUGUUGAACCAUAAUGCCAAAUAUAUUAACUUUUGUUUGCUUCUUCCUCUGUGUGGGGGACCUGAGUGAUUUUUUUUUUUUUUUUUUUUUUUUUUUUUUUCCCCUUCUGUUUUGAUUCUCUCCAUCCUCCCCUCCUCCUUGGUGACACGGGGUGUGUAUGUGUGGGGGUGUGAUGGGAGGGGGGGGGGUAACUACACUGUGGCGCAGCUGAAUGUGUAGAAGCUCACUGUAGAAUUUGCAUUGUAUGUAAUGUACAUAACGUAAAAAUAAAGAUUGUAUUUUGUUCAGGUUUUUUCGUAA